UUGGACGAGGACUUCCAGGCCGCGGGGCGGGCUCUGGAGCAGGCGGCGCCGCCGGUCGCGGGGGGAGCCUGGGAGCUGCUGGUGGAGGCCGCGGGCGUCCACAUUUACCGCCUGCUGCACCAGAACUCGGGACUUUAUGAGUAUAAAAUCUAUGGCAGCCUUCCUGAUUGUUCCCCUGAGUUGUGUGCAGAUGUCUAUAUGGAUUUGGACUACAGAAAGCAAUGGGAUCAGUAUGUUAAAGAGCUCUAUGAGAAGACAGAUGAUGGUGAGAAAGUAAUCUACUGGGAAGUGAAGUACCCUUUCCCCCUCUCAAACAGAGAUUAUGUGUAUAUUCGUGAACGGCGAGAAAUGGAUGUCAAUGGGCGGAAGAUUUGGAUUGUACUGGCCAAAAGUGUGUGUGUUCCUCAGUGCCCAGAAAAGCCUGGCGUUAUCAGAGUGAAGAGUUAUGAACAAACCCUAGUGAUUGAGAGUGAUGGCGAAGGUGGAUCCAAAGUUUAUAUGUAUUACUUCGAUAAUCCUGGUGGUAUGAUUCCAUCAUGGCUUGUCAACUGGGCAGCCAAGAGUGGAGUACCCGCUUUCUUGAAGGAUAUGCAGAAGGCUUGCCUUGCUUAUCAUAAGGAAACAUAAGCUACUACUUCAGGACUGUCUGAAUGGCUUUACUGAUUUGUUUUCCUCAAAUAGGGUGCUUGCGUGGAUGGCAGUUGUAACACUGGAUGAAAUCUACCUCCUGGGAUAUAACUAGUUUUUGAGUGGCAUAGGUGUCAUUGGCAUGCCUUGGACUGCAUCUGGCCUCUUAACUUCCAUUUCUUUGUGCUAUUUGGCCCUCUUGCAAAUCACUUCAUUGGCAUUUAUGAGGCUGCUUAUUUCAAAGCGUUUUCUUAUCCUAUUCACUCUAUUCUUCUCUAUGUCUUCUACGCUGGAUCAGAGAGGGAUUUCAGUUCAUGAAUAUCAGUCUUCCAGUAGGGUUCUUGUUUGGAAGAAUACAUUCAAAUGGCUCCUAAAAUAUUUAUUUUUCGUUUUAGCAAAGAAGGGAGUUCUGACGCUCUAAUUAACCAUACAUACUCUCUGUAGUCUUGCCAGGUAACUUCCUGCACAUUCUGGCAGAUAUCAUGCACGUGCACUUUGAGCACUUUUUGAAGCCUAAUAGUCUCUUUUCUGCUUCCCAGGCUUUAUCAUGUGUAGCCUGGCUCUGCCAUUCCUGGCCCUGUACAAAUCCUGUCUGCUUGCCAGAAAUACAAGAUCCUUCCUUUUUUCUUUAUUAAACUUGAAGCCUAUUGCCUGCUUAAGGACUUCUACUCUAUUUGUAGAACUUUGUUUACCUGUGACCACCUUAAAUCUUUACUUUAAGCAUUUGGUUAAACAUGCAUUGGCAUCAUCGUUGCCUAAUGCUUGGCCUAUACCACACCCAGCUAGUUGAAAUGAAGCAACUUGAUGAAUUGGUUUUGUCGUACUUCUCUAGAAUCUAAUUUGGCAUGUUCAAAGUUUACAAUAGGGGCCUUAAAGCUUGGAUUUUCAUUAUAAUUUCAAAUUAUUGCUGAGAUGGUCCCACUCUGUUUAGGGACCCUUCUAAAUCUGUCAACAGCUAAAUAUUUUGCUCUCCAAUCAAAUUGGAUGUGCAUGUAAAGAAAGGGAAAGGAUUGAAAUCCUGCAGCUGGUGACCUUAAACUAAUGGGAGGAAACUAUGUAUAUUUGGGGGGGAAAGGCAUAACUUAAGGUUACUAUCUCGGGGAUGUACAAUACUUCAUACCAGGAUGGUGCAGCACUGGUUAAUGGAAUGGUGAAUCUUUUCUAAAUUAAAGAUCUAUAAAUAUGUAUGUAUGUGUUUAAAAAAAAAAAAAGGCUACUAUGGUUGUAUAUACCUCACUGUUUGAAUGUCGUCUUCAAUACUAAAUUAAAAAAUCCUGUAACUUACUGCUUUGUAUAGAUAUGCUUGUCAUUGCUAGAAAAAAAUUAUUCUUAAUCUUGUUGACCACAGGUAACUGUCUCUACCUUAAUCAUUGGCCAUAGUAAACCUGGAAAACUUGAGAACAGUUGUCUGCGUUACUUGACUAGUUUUACAUAGAUGUAGUUUGACUACUUGCCAAAGGCUUUGAGUAAACCAAGUAUAAAUGCAUUCUGAAUCUUUAACUGUGACUUCGUAAGGUUAAGAAGCUGUCUGAAGUUACCACCAAAUGAUAUGAAAUGGGCCAGAUUCAACCAGUGAAACUAAUACUUCUGCUGCUUUGUUUGCUUGUUUCUCUUCUUGCAAAAUAAAUUUAAUUGGG